UGUAAACGUGAAUCACACCGCUCAGUGUUUACUAUUCCACUAACCACGAAAGCUAGGCUAAGAAAUGGCUGAAUAUUCACACGUUAAGUCAACCAAAUUGGUUUUGAAAGGUCUUAACAAAGGGAAAAAGAGGAAACACAAAGACAAGAAAAGAAAAGCAGAUGAUGAGGAAAAGGUUGAUGUUGUUGGUGGUUGGUGGUCUGUUGGUAGCUUUGGGGAGAUUACCGGAACAGUUGCCAUAGAGAUGCAGAACAACUCGUACAUCCAUGCCCUGGACACUGGGCUCUUCACAGUUGGUGCGCCACACAAAGAUGAUGAAGGACCAGACCCUCCAGAGCAGUUUACUGCCAUCAAGCUCUCAGACGCACGGGUUGCCUUGAAAUCUGGAUAUGGGAAGUACCUGGGCAUCAACUCUGAGGGUUUGGUGGUGGGACGCUCUGAUGCCAUCGGCGCCAGGGAACAAUGGGAACCAGUCUUCCAGGAUGGCAAAAUGGCUCUCCUGGCAGCAAAUAGCUGUUUCAUCUCCUACAGUGACAGUGGGGACAUCGUGGCCAAGAGCAAGACAGCGGGGGAUGGCGAGAUGGUGAAGAUCCGAACUAGUGCAGAACGAGAGGUCAAGCGUAAGGACGACAUUGCAGAUGAGGACAGGGGCAACGUGAAGUCCUGCGAGAUCAAUUACGUGAAGAAGUUUCAGAGUUUUCAAGAUCGGCGGCUCAGGGUUAAUGAGGACGACCCCAACUCGCUGAAGAAAGCCAGAACGGAUGGAAAAUUCCACGAAGCUUUGCUUGACAGGAGAAGCAAAAUGAAAGCAGACAGGUACUGCAAAUGAGGACUGUGUGGACUGCUGCUAUGUCUUAGUAAAUGUUCUGACGUGGCAUUUCAAGUUUCGUGUUUUUUGGAAGUUUUUUUUGUAUUUUAAAUAAACAUUUGAUGGUCAAAGUCA